GGCUCACUCCAUGUCGACCUCACGAUUAAAUAUUGCGAAAUAAGAUGAUUCAUUGUAUCGUUUCACAAUACGAGGUUUACCAGUGAUCCAAAAACAAACAGCGCCAUGGCCGAGAUACCCACUCAACCUCCGUCUCGUUCACUAAAAGACAAAGUCGCCAUUGUCACAGGCGCCGGCUGCUUUGGUGAUGGUAUUGGCAAUGGCAGGGCGAUAUCAAUCAUGUUGGCCAACGAGGGCUGUAAUGUCAUAUGCCUUGAUAUGGAUUUAGAAUGGGCAACAAAGACGGCCGAUAUGGCCAACCAAAGCUCAGCUUCCAAAAAGGCGAUACCGGCACAAGGAAAUGUCACAGAUGCAGACGAUUGUGAGAAGGCUGUUGCCCUGGCAUUGGAAGAAUUCGGUCGCUUGGAUAUUCUUGUCAAUAAUGUCGGCAUAGCAGGCGCUUCGGGGACAGCCAUUGACGUGGAUAUGGCCAAGUGGACGAUGGGUCUCGAGGUCAAUGUGUCAAGCAUGGUUUUGAUGGCAAAGUAUGCUAUACCAGCAAUGGCCAAGAACGAUGGUGAGAUCAAAGGAUCUAUCGUCAAUAUGGGGAGUGUAGCCGGCUUGAAGGGCGGUACACCUCAUUUGCUCUAUCCAACCGCCAAAGGAGCAGUGGUCAAUAUGACCAGAGCGAUGGCCGCUCACCACGCCAAAGAUGGUAUCAGAGUGAACUGUGUCUGUCCUGGGGUAAGUGAUGAAGCUUGAGAACAAGAAGAAAUAGCUAAUAAUAUUUAGAUGCUUUAUACCCCGAUGAUGUAUGCUAAGGGCAUGUCAGAAGAGGCCAGGGAAGCGAGGAAGGCGAGGAGUCUACUUGGGACUGAAGGUACAGCGUGGGAUGCUGCUUGUGCUGUCGUGUUUCUGGCGAGUAACCAUGCAAGAUGGAUCACAGGAGCUAUUCUACCAGUUGAUGCUGGAACAACUGCUGCCGUUGGAACUAGCUUGCCUGCUGGCGCAAGCGUUAAUGGUUGAGAUAGAUUACCAAAUACCUACAUUUAGAAUCAACUCUAAAUCAAUGACGAGACUUUAGUCUUCCACUAGAAACCUAUUGCCUAAAUAGG